AUGGAAGAACGAACAACGUACGGAUCGUGGAGAAAUCGAGGCAUCCUUUGCGAGUUCGAGGUUCGCGUCGUCCCAGGGAAUCCGCUAUGCCGCCCACGUCGUCGCCGAUUACCGGGAGGUAUACGUGAAAGACGGAAUAUAAGUGAAAUCGCAAUAAUUACAGGCGGCACGGAUCGCAAAUCCUGCAAUACGGUAGUCAGUAGGCGGUAUGGCCUACCAACAGGCGCAUACAGGUAUACGCAAGCUCUUUGUCGGACGGAGGUGGAGUACGGGUUAUAUUGGCGCCACCUCCUGCACGGUUAAGCGAGCGACUAGGGCAGACUUACGCCUUACGCCUCUCUCACUCCAACCCCACCCUCUGCCUCGCUACGCUAUCUCGCUCGAUCUCCCUUUCUCUCUCCUCUCUCCCUCCUUUCUCCAGUUCCACAGUCCGUCGCUCCUCGUUCUCCCUCGGUGCUUUUCCCCUUCCCCGCCGCUCUCUCUUCUGCUCUUUUCUCUCUCUCUCUCUUUCUCUCUCCCUCCCUCUUUCUCUACCCUCCCGCCCCUUCCUCGUACACGGCU